AUUCAUCUCCUAUGGUUAACUUGUAAAGUUCACCAAUGGAUGCUUCCCCGUCGUCUGAUUCCGACACUUUAGCGCCAAGGAAAAGGUUAUUUGGUCGAGAAAGGCCAAUACGUGCAGUUCUAGGAGGAGGAAAAGUUGCUGAUGUGCUGUUAUCGAGGGACACAAGAAUUUUCGCUGCAAUUCUAUUUGGAAGUGCAGCAAUAUGGUUGCUUUAUAAGGUUGUACAAUACAACGUUGUGACUCUAUUCUGUCAACUUUUCACCGCAACAAUGCUAGUUGUCUUCAUUUGGCCAACAGUUGCAGAAUUUUUCAAUUGGGGCAGCGUUUCUAUGACAUCCAAGCUGCAGUGGCGCGCUGCUCAACAUCCCAGUCUCGGAGAGUCACUGCACUGGCGUCAAGUCGAGACCACCUCUGAUCUUGAGCUUCAUACUCAGCUGAAAGAAUUGAUUCCAGAAAAGCACGAGCGUCUGAAUAAACUCAAGUCAAAACAUGGUAAGGUUGAGCUGGGGAACAUUACUGUUGAGAUGGUUGUUGGUGGAAUGAGUGGACUGACAGGAUUAUUAUGUGAAACUUCAUUAAUUGAUCCAGAAGAAGGAAUUCUAUUCCGAGGUUUGUCCAUUCCCGAGUGUCAAAAGUUAUUACCCGCUGCAAAGCCUGAUGGAGAACCAUUGCCUGAGGGCCUCCUCUGGCUUCUUUUAACCGGAAAGGUACCAUCAAACAAGCAAGUAGAUUCGCUAUCAAAGGAAUUGAGACGUCGUGCUACCAUCCCGGAUCAUGUAUACCAAACCAUUAAUGCCUUACCUGUUAACGCUCAUCCAAUGACGCAAUUUGCCACUGGUGUGAUGGCCCUUCAAGUUCAAAGUGAAUUCCAAAAGGUAUAUGAGAAGGGGAUUCAUAAAUCCAAGUACUGGGAACAUACAUAUGAGGACUCCCUAAAUUUGAUUGCUCAAAUCCCAGUCGUGGCUGCUUAUAUCUAUCGAAGGAUAUACAAGAAUGGACAUGUUAUACCAAUGGACGAUUCCCUAGACUAUGCUGGAAAUUUUGCACACAUGCUCGGCUUCGAUAAUCCUGAGAUGCUAGAGUUUUUGAGGCUUUAUGUGACCAUACAUAGUGAUCACGAAGGUGGAAAUGUUAGUGCUCAUACCGGUCAUAUAGUGGCUAGUGCACUUUCAGAUCCUUAUCUGUCAUUUGCUGCUGCAUUAAACGGUUUAGCCGGUCCACUUCAUGGUAUGGUUAAUCAGGAAGUCUUAGUCUGGAUUAAAUCUGUCGUAGACGAGUGUGGGGAGGAUGCCUCCAAAGAAAAUUUGGAAGACUUCGUCUGGAAAACAUUGAACGGUGGCAAGAUUGUUCCGGGAUUUGGACAUGAAGUUUUGCGCAAGACAGAUCCAAGAUACACGUGCCUGAGAGAGUUCGCACUCAAGAACUUGCCUGAUGAUCCACUAUUCAAACUGGUUUCUGAUCUCUACGAAGUUGUGCCUCCAAUACUAUUAGAACUUGGCAAGAUUAAAAACCCGUGGCCUGAUAUAGAUGCCCACAGUGGAGUGUUACUCAACCAUUAUGGAUUAACUGAAGCACAAUACUACCCUGUUAUCUUUGGUGUAUCGAGGGCUAUUGGCAUUUGCUCUCAGAUUGUAUGGGAUCGAGCACUUGGAUUGCCACUUGAGAGGCCAAGGAGUGUUACAAUCGAAUGGCUAGAAAAUUACUGCAAGAAACCAGCUCAAGAUUGAAAUGUAACAACUAUCGCUUGAGAGAGGCGACCAUUUUGUGGUCGCCUUUGUCAAAUUAGAUCAGGAAAUUUUCAUGUUCGACAAAUAAAAUGUAUUUUAAUACUGUCAUAAGUAAAGUUUCUAAGGUUGGCUACAACUUUUCUUCAUUGGCUUUCUCUUACCUCUUUUCCUACUAUAUCUGUAUUUUUCUCAUGUCGUAAUUUUUAGCCUAUGUUAGGUUUGUGACCCAAAUUCAGUCUAGA